AGAAGAACAGAACUUCCUGUUUUCGUGCCGUCUCCUCCGCGGCAGCUUGAAGCUGCUCGGGUGAGGAGAGGAGAGAGAGGAGCUCUACCAGCGGGCAGGGAGAGAGAGAGAGCGUGGUGAGGAAUCCCAGCAGCCCCAGGAGAGUGAGAGCCGGACCGGCUGGACCCCCGGAGGAGGACCCGAAAGUGAACCACGUUGCCACGGGAGAGGCCUCACUUCAGGGCUGCAGUAUGUUCACUACAGUGAAGGCCUUCGAGGGGCAGCAAUACUCCACCCUGAAGAGGCAGUGCUUGCAGAGUGGCCUGCUCUUUGAGGACCCCCGCUUCCCUACCUUUGACAACUCGCUCUUUUACCAGGGCAACAGGAUCGGACGUGUGGUCUGGAAGAGGCCUCGGGAGCUGUGUGAGGACCCUCACCUGUUUGUAGAUGGCAUCAGCGCACACGAUUUACAUCAGGGACAGCUGGGUAACUGCUGGUUUGUUGCGGCAUGCUCCAGCCUGGCUUCCAGAGAGUCUCUGUGGCAAAAAGUUAUUCCCGACUGGAAGGAGCAGGAGUGGGAUACAGAGAAGCCAGAAUCGUAUGCUGGGAUUUUCCACUUCCGCUUCUGGCGCUUUGGUGAGUGGGUGGAUGUGGUGAUUGAUGACCGGCUACCGACGGUGGACAACCAGCUGGUCUACUGCCACUCCAACGACAGCAACGAGUUCUGGAGUGCCCUGGUGGAAAAGGCCUAUGCCAAGGUUUAUGGCUGCUACGAGGCUUUGGAUGGGGGAAACACGGCUGAUGCAUUGGUAGAUUUCACGGGUGGUGUGUCAGAGCCUGUGGACCUGCUGGAGGGUAAGAUGGCAACAGACGAAGUGGCCCGAAACCAGCUGUUUGAAAGAGUUCUCAAAGUCCACAACAGAGACGGUCUCAUCAGCUGCUCCAUCAGGGCAACCACAAUAGAGGACAUGGAGGCACGGCUGGACUGUGGCCUGGUUAAAGGCCACGCCUACGCCGUGACAGAUGUACGGAAAGUGCGGCUAGGUCACGGACUGCUGGCCUUCUUCAAAUCAGAGAAGCUGCAGAUGAUCCGCAUGAGGAACCCCUGGGGAGAGAAGGAGUGGAGCGGCCCCUGGAGCGACAGUUCAGAGGAGUGGAACAAGGUGAGCAAGAGCGAGAGAGAAAAGCUGGGUGUCACCGUGCAGGACGACGGCGAGUUCUGGAUGACGUUUGACGACUUCUGCCAGUACUUCACUGACCUGAUCCUGUGCCGCCUCAUCAACACCUCCUACCUGAGCAUCCACAAAACCUGGGAGGAGGAGGUUAUGAGGGGCUCCUGGGUCCACCGCAAUGACCCCCUUCGCAACCGGUCCGGAGGCUGCAUCAACCACAAGGCUACCUUCCUGCAGAACCCUCAGUACGUGUUUGAUGUGAAGAAGGUGGAGGACGAGGUGCUGAUCUGCUUACAGCAAAAAGAAAAGAGAGCCACACCCAAAGACGGAAAAGGGGAAAACCUCGCCAUAGGCUUUGAUAUUCACCGGGUGGAGCUAAAUCGUAAGUACCGUAUGCACUCAGCCCAGCAGAAAGUAGCGGGAUCCAUCUACAUCAACUCGCGCUGCGUCUUCCUCAGGAAGGAGUUGCAGGAGGGCCGUUAUGUCAUCAUUCCCACAACCUUUGACCCCGGGCAGCAGGGCGACUUCCUGCUCCGUGUCUUCACCGAUGUGCCUUCAGACUGCAAAGAGCUGACUCUGGACGAGCCUCCUCAGACAUGUUGGACGGGGAUGUGUGGCUACCCUCAGCUGGUCACUCAGGUCCAUGUACUAAAUGCUGAUGGUCUGCAGGGACAGGAAUCCAAUGGAGCUGUAAAUCCGUACGUGAUCAUCACCUGUGAAGGAGAGAAGGUCCGUUCACCAGUUUAUAAGGACACACGGUGCCCAAACUUUGACAUCAAAGGCCUGUUCUACCGCAAGAAACCCAAGGAGGGCAUCCACAUCGAGAUCUACAACAAGAACAUAAUUGUGGACACCUUCCUGGGUCAGGUGAUUCUGUUCAGCGAUCCCAACGAGCGCCAGGAGCAGCACACGCUUCACCUCCGCGACAAGGGCAACCGCCAGGACAGCGACCUCCCGGGCACGCUCACUGUGCGCCUCAUCACCUCGACCACGCUCACUAACAUCUGAUGCGACCCUUUAUAUAAUUGUGAAGAGUAACACUCAAGGUGGUGUUCAAUCAUACCCGCCGUUGUCUGCCAUUGAUCCUCCAACCACGACGGGAGCUCACUGUGUCCUUUUCUUUUCUUCUGCCGCUUGCGGCGCGCUCUUUGUGUCUCUUAUUGUUUCCCUAUUUUCUUUUGCUUCAGCAUUUAAAUUCAGCUUUGUUACCAGGGUUUUUGAAGGCCUAUACCUACAUAUAUUCCUGGAUGAAAAGUGUCCAUCGACAAUGUUUGGGGUUUGCAUUUAAUACCUUUGAACACAUUCCUGCCAAAAUUGUCCCAUUAUUUAAUGUUUGCUUCAGAAAUGUGUUCUCAAAGUAGUUUUCAUUGCAGGUUUUGUAGCGAGAAUCUCUAUCAAUAACUAAGGUACAGUUGAACUGAUUUAGGCUAAUAUUCUUAAAAAUCAGUUACUCUCUGACCCAAAUCUACAAACUUUCUUUCUACAUAUUGUUAUAUUCAAACACACACACACACACACACACACACACACACACAAACAUGCACACACAAACACAUGCAGACGUGUCUGCACUGUCCAUGCAUGUGCCAUUGUUUCCAAGGGCUAUGCAUUGCCUUAAGCUUGAGUCUGUCUCUCCACCUUGAGGAGGGAGGGGAUAAUGUCAAAUACUCUUCUCCAUCCACUGUCCUCAGUGUUAGCACAGCCUCCAUUUCUGUUCCUGCUUUUUUUCUCAUAGUUUUGGUUUCUCUCUCCUAUAUAUUAACAUAAUGUAUACUCUUUUAUAUCUGUGGAUAAUCUCCCCACCCAAGCACCUCAAGUCUUCACCAGUUUGCCAGUGCUUUGGUGAGCAUGCAGCACUGUCUGUCACUUUUUAUUGUGGACUAUACAAACUAAAGCCAACAGCAGCUAUUCUCUCCCUCUUAACUGAGAGCUUUUCUGUGUUGUUCUGUGAGCGCGCUCAUGUGUAAAAUCUUGCCUCCUGUCUUCCAUCACUAGAACCAUUUCAAACUCCCCGAGACGCUUUCUGCCGGUUGCUAUGGAUGAUCUCAAAACUGCAUGGCUUGAAAAAACUUUUCGCCUGUGCUGCACAUUUCUCCGGUCGUAGCUUAGCAGCCGGUGCUUUUGAUAGUGCUACCCUUCCUCUUUGAUCCCCCCUCAUGUGUACACCUUCCCAGUCCAGCGGAGUGCAAAGAUUCACCCUGACAUAAUCAAGUGCUUUAUGGGACCAAAGAUGAGCCUCCGCUCUCUAAGUCCCUUUCGGACUGCCCUGGCCCAGCCUGGCCUGGCCUGGCCUGGCCCAAGCCUAGCUACCACCACCCCCUGUGCCACAUCAUCUCUUAACGGCAACACCACUGCCUGACGCUUCCUCUGACUGGCCCAGGCCAAAGUCUCAUGCCGCGUGACCCUGAGAGAUAGCAGCUGUGAUUCUGCUGUUGGCACAGAACAGACGUGUGUGUGUGUGUGUGUGUGUGUGUGUGUGUGUGUGUGUG